GCCUGCGCGGCGGGUGGUGCCUGCGCUAAGAUGGCGGAUGAUAAGCCUUCGUGUCUCCCGCCAGGACUCGCUGCCGAAGCUGAAGGAUCUCGCCUUCCUGAAGGACCAGCUGGAGAGCCUGCAGCGCAGGGUGGAGGACGAGGUGCACGCUGGCGUGGGGCAGGAUGGCUCUCUGCUGGCGUCGCCCUUCCUCAAAGGCUUCCUGGCGGGCUACCUGGUAGCCAAGCUCCGCUUCUCGGCCGUGCUGGGCUUCGUGGUCGGAACGUGCACGGGGAUUUACGCCGCUCAGAACUAUGCCGUGCCCAACGUGGAUAAGACAAUCCGGGAAUACGUCAGUUCCUUGAAAAAGGGCCGGGACUAGCGAGGAGCCCCUCGGCGGCAGUGACUGUAGAACAGUGUUCCUUAGUUAGCAGGCACACGGGAUUCCUAGGGCUGUCAGAGGCACGGCACGGCCACCGUUCUUUUCCACUGGAAAAGAGCUUUACACCUCAUCAUUGCGAGACAUCAGCAGGUCUGGUUAAGGGGUAUUUAUUACUGUGGCAGCAGUGAUCACUCCACUAACCCACCGUAGCUUGGAAGCACCAGCAGCCCACGGUUUUCCAGCUGCCUUUAACCCUCACCUCUCUCCCCAUGCCCCUGCGGACUGAAGGGCUGCCUGUGACAUACCGUCACACUCACCACACAUCCCUCCUCCCGUUGAGCGCAUGCUUUGCCUUAGGAACAUGCUUGGUGUGGCUUCCAGGGGAAGCGUGUAGUUCUCUUCCUUAUGAAAACCAAAAUCGUUCUCCUCUGCUGCAUCAGAAGUGUAGCAGGUAACAUUUUGUCUUAAUCAGGCUCAUUAAAUUCAUGGUAUUUGGUCUCUCCUUGAAUGUUUUAGGCUGCGAGUCUAUCUGGCCUCUCUGCACUAAGACCAGCUCGCCCCUGCUGGCUACUGCCUGAAAAUGGUGAUGUUUGGGAAUGCUGCUGCCUCUGCCAACUGGGUGCUCCGGAGGGGGCUGUGGGGACUCAUGCUGCUCUUGUCCGUAGCUAUAUACGGCUCUCACGCCCCGCUCCUGACCCAGUGCAAGGUGGACGGGAUGAUCCCCUUCAGCUCCACGUCCGUGGUGGUUCUUGUCGAGCUGACAAAGCUGCUGGUGUCCCUCCUGUUCCUGCUCACCUGGGACCGGGAGCUGCUGGGAGCCGCUGUGUCGUGGCGCCACGUCGCCCCGUUCGCCCUCUCUGCCCUGCUCUAUGCUGCCAACAACAACCUGGUGGUUCACAUGCAGCUCUUCAUGGAUCCCAGCACCUACCAGGUCCUGAGUAACUUGAAGAUCGUCAGCACCGCGCUCCUCUACAGCCUCUUCCUGCGCCAAAGACUCCGUGUGCGCCAGUGGCUGGCGCUGCUGCUGCUGCUGGCUGCUGGGCUGAGCUACAGCUGGGGGGGCCUGCAGGACCCUGGCAGCCCCUCCGAGAUGAAGCUGCACAUCACCGUGGUGGGCUUGGUGCUGAUCUCGGUGUACUGCUUCAUAUCAGGCUUGUCUGCUGUCUACACAGAAGCCAUCCUGAAGAGCCAGGCGCUGCCUCUCAGCCUGCAGAACCUCUUCCUUUACUUCUUUGGGGUCCUGCUCAACUUGAUCGGCUACUUCUGGAGCAGCACAGAGGGUGCUUUCUUGGAGGGCUUCUCCUCCUGGGUGCUGGUGAUUGUGGUCAGCCAGGCCCUGAAUGGCUUGAUCAUGUCUGUGGUGAUGAAGCACAGCAGUAACAUCACCAGGCUCUUCAUCAUCUCCUGCUCUAUCCUGGUCAAUGCCCUCCUGUCCGUCGCCCUCUUCAAUCUGCAGCUCACCCUCCUCUUCUUCGUUGCUGUCUCAUGCAUCGGCCUCGCUGUUCACUUGUACUAUGGGCUCACGUAGCUGCUGCCUUCCUGCCCUGCAUGUGCCAGGGCAGCCUUUGCUUGUUCCUCAGGGGUGUUUGGUGCUGGUGUGCAAAGCACAGCACCAGCAGUGCUGCCCAUCAGCCUCCCGGCCCUGGUGCUCAUGGGGAGUCGUUCCUGGUGGGUGCAUGCACCGCUGGUGAGGAGUGCUGAGGAGGGGAGUGCCCGUCCCUGUUCCCAAGGGGAAAGCUGGGCCCUGCUCCAGCUCUGUGCCACAGGAUUCCUGUGCAAUCCGGCAUGUCCAGCCUCAAGGGUCCUGAGCCUCUUGUUCGUGUGGUAACUUGUAUUUUCAAGCUGCUUCCCCAGCGUGCCCAUCUCUUGUGCCUGUGCUCCUGCACUGGGUAACUGCUGUGGGCUGCCAGGCCAGCACUGGGCUGAUGCCAUUUCGGCUCCUGUGGCUGGUGCUAGUGCCAACCAUCAGCACGAGGCCGGGUGCUGCUCCCUGCAGAGCCUCGCACAGUGCCUGGGGCAUCUCUCCCACCGCGGGGGUUUUCCAACCCCCUUGCCCCAGCCCCUGCCUGAAGGGCUGCUGCCCUUAGGCCCCCUUUCUCUUCCUCAGGCGUGGUGUCACUGCUCUGCGUGGAGCUGAUGGGGAAUGGGGGGAUGUGGGAACUCUGUCACUUCCUCCCCAAAAGGGAGACAGCACCCAAAUUUGUACUGAUGCUGUAGCUAGUGAUCUCCUGGCGUGCAGAAGUCACUGCUGGCUCCGGCUGCGGUUAUUAAAGUUGUGGUACAACAGCA